AUGAUGGCGAGCGUUCAAGCGGCCCUGGAACUAAUCCGUGCAUCUGACCUUUCACCAACCGAACACUUGAUUCUCGAGCACUUUGUUGAAUCGGCCGACGAGCCAGAAGCAGCCGCUCAGUACCUCCAGUCAAGAAACCAGGCGCCAGUAGGCAAUGUCGAGAGCUCGUUGCGCCAGUUUCUGGAAGAAUGGAGAAGCCUUGUGAGCCGAAGUAAAUUUAUGGAAUCUUGUUAUUGUUUCACGCUGGCUGAGCAUACCAGUAACGGCCUUGGACCCGAUUCCACCUCGACUUCGCGAUCUUGCUCUGCAAAGAGACGGGGAGGACUUUACACUCAGAUUGUUUCCAAUACAUGCACCGGGCUCUACUAUAGAGCCGGCCUACGUUAUCCCGCCUUCAUUGUAUGGCGAUCUGGGGUCUGCUGA